AUGAGCCUAAUGGAUAUCAACAAAAUGUUCUGCAUGCUCCAGCCCAGAGAAGAUGAAGACGACAAUGGAGAAAGCGAGGAGCUGACCCAAGCAGUGUCUGAGGACAAUUACCAAGCUCUCGAUGAGCUCUUGUCCCAAGACAGGUACAAAAGGUUCAUCAACCGCAGGAGCGGCUGGGGUGUGCCCAGCACCCCACUGCGCCUGGCUGCCACGUGGGGCUGUGUCAGGAGCAUGAAUGUCCUCCUGGCCCACGGAGCAGAGGUGGACAGCCUGGAUGUGAAGGCUCAAACCCCCCUUUUCAUGGCGGUCAGCAAUGGCCACCAGGAGUGUGUGAAGAUUCUCCUGGAGGCAGGUGCCAGCCCCACUGGCAGCAUCUACAACAACUGCUCACCGCUGCUGAUCGCUGCGAGGGACGGGAAUGUGGACAUCCUGCAGCAGCUCCUGGACCACGGCGCAGAGGCCAAUGUCCAUGCGAGGUUGCCCCCAUGGGCUGUCAACUCGGUGGCUUGUUCUGGGCCCCUCUACCUGGCGGCCGCGUACGGGCACCUGGAGUGCUUUCGGCUGCUGCUGCUGCACGGCGCCGACCCUGACUACAACUGCACCGAUGAGAGGGUCAUCGCCCAGAUCAAGGAGCCCAAGACUCUGCUGGAAACCUGCCUGAGGCAUGGCUGCAGCAGCGACUUCAUCCAGCUGCUCAUUGACUUUGGAGCCAACGUGUACUUGCCCAACCUCAGGGGAGAUGAGGCAACCACCUGCACUGAGAGCCUGGAGCUGCUGCUGCAGGCGAGAGCUCAUCCCAAGUCCUUGCUGUCUCAGUCCAGGCUGGCAAUGAGACGUCUCCUGAAGCAGGCUGGCCACCCACCCAUCCUUGGCAAGCUGGAGAUCCCAGCGGUCCUGGUGAACUAUCUCCAACACCAGCCCCGAUGCAGAGCCCACCACUAGAGACACCUGCCCCAUACUAGUGUUGAGCACCUGCAUUAAAAGCUGCUCUGACACCUGCGGGGUGUGAAACCACCAUGGAUUUGUGGUCACAAAGUAAGUGUUUGCUUACCAGGUGUCUCCAGAAUGAGGUGCCCCUGUGAAAGGAUGGGAAGGGAAGGGUGGGAGGAAACAGAGACCUCAGCUCUGGCUCCACUCCAGGGUGAUGGUGGAGUAGGGUCUGAUGUAGUUGAGUUUGGCUUUAGAGCCUCUUUAAUGAUUUCACCACAUCUUUAAUUGAUAGUGGUUGGAGAAAGGGCUGGGAGAAGGUGGGAGGGCAGAGGAGCAAAGGUUGGUUUCACUUUAUUCCCUCCUGGGGAAGAGCAGGAAGGAAGGGGCCAUGACCAGCUUCAUGCCUGCAUGGCCUCAGCUGCCUCAAACCCCUCUUUCCCAGUGAGGAGGCUCCCAAGUGCCUCCUCUGCUUGUGAGGGUAGAACAGAGCUGGACUUGGCCAUGUAAGCCUGGCCCAUCACUGCUGUGUCACUGAGCCCAGGCAGAGACUAUCUCUGGGGAGGGCUUCUGGUGGCCUUUCAAGACUUCAAAGGGGCAGUCAGAAAGCUGGGGACAGACUUUUGAGCAGGGUCUGUUGUGGUAGGACAAGGGGUGAUGGUUUGAACUCAAAGAGGGAGAUUGAGACUGGAGAGAAGGGAGAAAUGUUUGACAGUGAGGAUGGUGAGGCCCUGGUCCAGGUUACCCAGAGAGGUGGGGUGGGACUUGGUUUUGCAGUCUCCAUCUACAACAGAGCUUUCACAUGGGACUGGGAGGGAACAACACUAAGAGGUGGUAGAUGCCCCAUCCCUGGAACCAUUCAGGUGAGGUUGUUUGGGGCUCUGAGCAGCCUGCUCUAGUUGCAGAUGUUCCUGCUGACUGCAGAGGAUUGGAGCAGAUGACCUUUACAAGGUUCUUUCAGCCCAAACCAUUCCCUGAUAAGCACCCAGAGUCCCCAGAUGCUCAUCUCCCCACCCCAGCUCUGUCGUCUUGUUCUUCUCCCAAGUGGAUGAUGUUAUGGCACCUCUUUUGUGAUGGGGCAGUUUUGGGGUUUUUAAUUAAAAAUGU